UUUAUAGAAUCAAUAUAAAGCCAUGGUCAAGACUUUAUUGGCCUCCAUGGCCCCAUCAGCCUGAAUCCCCACGUACUCAAAUUCUACUCAGAGAGACUCCAUUGGUUCUUGUUUAUUUCUUUGUCUUCGACGAUGGCAAACCUGAAUUUCAAUGCUCUUCGAGACUUACAUAAUUCCGCUAAUGACCUCCUUCACUCACCAAUAAUCAAGCGGGCGCUUGUUCUCCAGGGGCAAGAAAAAUGGGUUCAUCAAGUCUAAGAAUCAUCACUGAGAAUGUUGGAUGAUUGUGGCAUUUCCAGAGAUGUUCUUUUGCUUGUCAAGGAACAUGAACAAGACCUGCAAUUCACUUUGCGCAGAGUAAGCACCGAUGAGGCCGAUAUUGGAACCAAAAUUGAAGUUUACAACCGAUAUGCAAAGCAACUAAAGAAAGAGACCCUCAAGUGUUUGCACUUGCUAAAAGGGAUGAGAAACAUGUCUAUCACUUCUGACAUAUCACCUAUUGACGAUAAUCUGUUGAAGGUUGUCGAGGUGCUAAGAGAAGUGAGAGUGACAGCUAUAUCUGUGGUGGAAUCGCUACUGUCCCUCAUUUCUAUUCCCUGGUUGGAUAGGAAAUCAGCUAAAGGGUGUUUCGCAUCAAAGUUCAUGCGAUCGAGUUGCCAGAGCUUUUAUGAUAUAAGCGAUGACAUGGCAAUUCAAAGCGCGAAUAAAAGAUUGGAGGCAGUGGAAAUAACGAUUGAUGAUCUUGAAGCCGAGGUAGAGUGCAUGUUUAGACGUUUGAUCCAGACUAGAGUUCUACGUCUCAACAUACUUACGAACUAAUUAAGACUAUACCCUUAAAUAACUAUUCUUUUCCCGUGGCAAUUGACCCAAGGUUGGCAAUCAUUGUUUUUACG